UAGUGUAGAGGGAAGCCAAAGAGGUUGUGUUACUCCUUCAGUAAGGAUAUUCUGUUGUGUUGAUUCUGCAGUACUUAAGUGGACAACUGUAAAAGAAUAAUGUACCUUUUAUUGUCUAUGCUGUUUCUUCAUGUUUCAGCACAGCGUUGGACUCUGUUUGGUGAAAAGUCAAAGGCUUUGAGGCGUGAGGGCAGCGUGAGAUUGGUGGGUGGUCAGUCUUCAUCUGGUCGGGUUGAGGUGUAUCAUGAUGGACAGUGGGGUACAGUCUGUGAUGAUGGAUGGGAAUUGGCUGAAGCACAGGUGGUGUGUCGUCAGUUGGGUUUCUCUGGAGCAACAUCGGCCACUUCUGGAGGACGUUAUGGUGAAGGAUCUGGUCCCAUCUGGUUGGAUGAUAUGAAGUGUAAAGGUUCUGAGAGCUCAUUGGCUGACUGCGGGUUUAAAGGCUGGGCUAUUACUGACUGCACACAUAAAGAGGAUGCAGGAGUUGUCUGUCUCACUGGUAAAAACUUGACUAGCAGUGGCCAGUUCUCUCUGGAUAACAGUCUGGGUUUAUCUGAUGAUCUGGGUGCUCUGUUUGACAGUGGAGAUGGUUGUGAUGUCAGCAUUACUAUACAUGACCUUAGUGAAGAAGUAGAAUUGAUGUUUUGUGUGCACAGUGUGAUCCUCAUGAUGUAUCCAGAGUUCAACAUAACACACCUCUCCAGAAACCCCAUUGAGCUCAGUCAGACAUGCCAUUCACACAUCUCUGCUUUUCUCAGGUAUUUGUACACACGCCAGAUUGAUGUUUCCAUCACAUCAGCCCAAUGUCUCCAUCAGCUUGCUCAUAUGUUUGGUGUAAAGAAGCUUAUGGAGGACGUUGGCAGGGUCUUUACCUUACUCAUUCCUGAAGACAAUACCUUCCAGACCCAGGUGUCAAUGUAUGAGUAUGGUGUCCACACAGGUGAUCUUGUUUUGCAGGAGAAUGUCCUUCAGUACCUUUCCUGGAACUGUGAGUUUCUCAUAGACUCUCCAGUGUGGAGCAGCCUCUCUUUUCAGAUGAUGGAUGCUCUGCUGUUGCGCUCAGAUCUGGUUGUGAAGGAUGAAGCUUUUCUUCUGAAAGCGCUGGAGAGCUGGAUCCAAGAUAAAGGGGAUGCAGUUAGUCUAGAGCAACAGGCCGGCCUCUUAAACCACAUCCGCUUCCUGAUGAUCCCUGUAGAUAAACUCUAUGAAAUACAAUUUACCUCAAACAUUCUCCAAAAAACUCACGAGAAACUCUACUUUAAUGGCCUGCUCAGAGGCUUUCAGUUCAAUGUUCUGCCCUUCUCUAAGAUCAGGAAUAACAUGGAGAACAUCAGUAAUGAGUAUCUACCCAGGAUCUAUACUGCAGAUACGUGGAGUUUGUUCAUCAAUGACACCAGCAACUAUAACCCAUACAAUCAUUAUAACUACCGCUAUGGCCAAAAUAACAGAAUCCAAACUCUCUCCACUCCUGUACACACUAGUGCUAGUUUCAAAGACAAAACUGUCCAAUGGCAAGCACAAGUUUUCCUUAGCCGUCAGGAAUGCUCUAACUAUGGCAUCAGUUGUGAUUCUUUUCCUGUUGUAAGAUUCCAAAUAUACAGCAAUCCAUAUAAUUAUGUCAGCACUGUUCGCUUUAACAACAGGUUGCUUCUUACCUGUAAGAAAGGACACAAUGUCUUUCAUGUGCAAGAUUUUAAAAAUGACAUGGCAGUGAUUCCAGCUAACAGCAGCAUGGGUUUAACUUAUCCAUGUCCUGAUGACUACAGUUUCGGGUUUGUAGUGCGUCCUGAGUAUAUCUGACUGCAUACCAGUAACUUUUAAUGUCUUUCAAUGUAUUCCAAUAGUGUUUAAUGUCAUGUUUAAUCAUCAUGUGUCACAGUGUGUAAUCUUUUCAAGGCUAUCUUAUAUCUCAUUUGCACGUACUUUACAAGGUGGUUAAUUUGUAUUUGUACGACCAAAUUCAACAUUUUUAUACGAUUUGCUUUUGCCCCUCUGAUGAUUGCUAUUGUUUUUAUGAUAAUCAUGUGUUGUUGUAUGAUUCACUUUGUACGAUUUCAUACAGAUUAGCUAACUCAUAAAAUACGUAUGAAUUCUUGUGAGAUCAGGCUGAUCUUUUAUAAUUUUGAAUGAAUUAAUUUUGAAUUAAUCAUUUUUAGUCAUUUUGAAUUGAUAAUACUAAUAAUCAGAAUGUUUGAUUUGAAAGUUGCUUGUGAAUAAAAAUCCACAUUAUAUCCA